AUCGAGAUUCAAUCAGAGAGACAACACCGUUUAGUUUUGACAAUCUAUCAUAAUUCUAUUCGUUAAUACUCAAUUCAUCAAGUGCUAGAUAGAUACUUCUUCAUCGUUCAUUUACUUAAUUGCUGUACAUAUCAUUAUUAUAGACCUUUCCCCAUCAUGGUUAACCCACCAUUUCCUAGACAAACUCCAAAUUCGCCCCUUCCACCCCACGCUUCUAUAGCUCAACAACAGCAACAGCAGCAGCAGCAACAACAACAACCACACUCGUCUGCUAGUUCUGCCUCUGCAGGUGCUGAAAGAUCUCCUACUUCAGCCCAUGCCCAACUCGCUAGUCAUCACCCCCAUCUUCACCAUACAUCUCGCAAGCCUUCAAUUGUGGAAUUGUUAAGCUCCCCACCACCAUUGCCGGUCGAAGAAAGUGAUUCCAUCCACCAUUUCAGUCUUUCACGCAAUGCAUCAAUUAGCAGCUCUCGUUCUUCACAAUCGCACCAAAUUGGCCAACCUCCUCCAACACUGGGCCAUGCCAAUUCAAUUCAAGGAUUAGAGUGGAGUGAAAUCCCAUUGAGUGAAUUAACCGAGCUGAAUAAGUUGAUUAGUAUUCACAGUUCGGAUUCCGUGCAACAAGCCUUUGAAACUUUGGUUUCUCAUAAUUUAACUAGUGUACCUGUAUCAACUAACCAAGAAGAUCACUCAGAUUUAACAAACUGUUUGACUUUUGACUAUAGUGAUUUAAACACUUAUUUAUUGUUAAUUAUGAAUAAAAUUCCAAUUCUGGAAUUAUGUGUUGAUGACAUUGGCACUGAAAAGGAUACCCAUGAACAAAAACAAGAACUUAUCAACCAAGCUAUAAACAAGGCUAAACGAGGUGAAGAAGUGCCAGUUGAGUUUAUUAUCAAAUUACAUCCUAAAAACCCAUUCAUUAAAUUUAAAGAAUCCGACACCUUAUUCCCAGUAAUGGAAACCCUUGGUAAUGGAGUUCACAGAAUUGCUAUUACAGAUGAACCAGGUUCAAAAAUUACUGGGAUCUUAUCACAAAGAAGAUUAAUCAAGUACAUGUGGGAAAACGCCAGAAGAUUCCCAAGUUUGGAUUUCUACUUGCAAUCAACUUUACAAGAUUUAAAGAUUGGAGCAACCAAUCCAAUUACUAUUUAUGAAGAUCAAUUGUUGAUUGAAGCCUUGCAUAAAAUGUUUAAUGAAAGAGUAUCUUCAUUAGCGGUAAUUGAUAGAUCAAGAACAUUGAUAGGUAAUAUUUCCAUUGUUGAUGUCAAGAAUGUUACUAGUUUGAAAAAUUCACAUUUGUUAUUUAAGUCAGUAUUAAAUUUCAUUAGUUAUAACUUAACCCAAAAAGGUAUUGAAGAAGGACAAGAUCAAUUUCCAAUUUUCCAUGUUGACCAACAAAGUUCAUUAGGAAGAGUAAUUGCCAAAUUGGUUGCUACUCAAUCACAUAGAUUAUGGAUUGUCGAUUCUCGUAAAGUUUCAACCAAUGGAGGACAACAACAACAACAACAACAACAACCACCCCAGUCUCCUUUAACCUCUACAGCUGCCACCGUUGAGGGUACCUUAAAGGGAUCACUUGCCCCAUCAUCCGCUGCAUCAUCAACCCCAUCAACACCACAGGAACCAACUUAUGGAGGAUUCCCUGGCAAGUUAAUUGGAGUGGUUUCCUUGACUGAUAUUUUAGGAUUAUUUGCUACUUCAAAGGGUAAGAAGACUGAUCCACAAUUUGCUCGUAAUCAAAGAAGAAGAUCACUGACUUCUUCUACCACAAGAUCAAGUCUUGAUGGUAGUAGCAUUAGUGGAGAAAUAAAUAUUCCUGUUCCUAUUAGACAACCCGGAGAUUCCAAUAGUGAUAUUUUUAGAAAAUCUUAUACCAAGACUGACAAUGGUAAGGAAUGAUAGUUUUUAUAGUUUUAGUAUUUUGUUUAUUGUUUUGAAUAUAAUUGUAGUAAAAAGAGAAGAGUUUUGUAGCUUACAUAAAGGUUAAGUAGUGCAACUAGGAAUCGAGACUUGGUAUUACUGAUUUCCAAGUUUAAAGUUCAAGUAGAGGUAAAAACUUUUGAAAUUCGUGAUAGCCUCAAACAUGUUAUUGUCUUCUAAAAUGUGGAUCUUUUCGGGAUCUGGAGGUCACAAGAGUAUUGACAACCAUUAGUGUGUAACCACCUCAAGGUCUACCCCACCUUGUUGGUUAUUUAGUCAAAAUGAACAAUCCCAGUUGUAUGUAAAUUGUUUACUUUACCCUUUAGUAAACUUUACUAGUAAGUUCAUACCCUCUGAGUUAAUCAAAGUUGCCACCACUUACAUAAUAGAAAGACAAUUGCUGCAAAAUCAACAGCUGACCCAUUUAUUAGCCCAAUCC